GUGAUAUGCCAGUAAUGUUACUAACCGCGAGAAUCAGCCAAUCACAUUGGACAUUUUUUUUCCGAAAUCACGGUUCACGUUAUCACGUUGGAGUACAAGCUGUUCGAUAUUGGACUAUAACAAUACUGUACAACUACAAGCAGUACAAGCUCAUCUACUGGUUUGUGAAGUUAAGUCUUAAGUAUACGGGAUUUAUAUUGGACAGUCGUGACUUGUGACACAUACUUUAAUGAAUAAAAUUUUCUAUUUUAUAAUAAAUAUUUUUAAAUGAAUCGUGGUUGUAAUGUCAUUUAGUCAUUCAAUUAAAGUAUUUUUGAGUGUUUAAACUACCCCAUCUUUUUUUUAAGUAUUUAAUAUUUGAUAAGCGACAUUAAGAAAUGUGUAGUUUUUAACUACAAUAUUACUCGAUAGUUUUUAUUCGAUAAUUAUUGCUUUGGUUCAAAAUAUUUUUACUUAUAAUUUGCAUACAAUGGACCAAGAAAAUCAGAGUGUUAUUUAUAUCGAAAAUUGGAAUGAUUUAUGUCGAUUGUGUCUCCGCAAUGAACAAAAAUUACAAAAUUUGUUUUUCGAAGGAACCCUUUUGGAAAAUGUUCAAGAAGUUACUAAUCUUCAUUUUAAUGUCGAGGAUUCUUUACCUAAUUCUAUAUGCAAAAUAUGUAUCGACCAAGUUAAUUCAUUUGUUGAAUUUCGAGUAAGAUGUAAAGCUACAGAUGAUUGGCUACGAAAUGAAGGUGCGAUUUUGGAUAAUGAACAUAAGGGUUCAAUAAUAAUUGAUUCGGAAGAAAUAAAUAAUAAAGAUUUAUUGUUAGUGGAUCCAAAUCAAUAUGAAGAGCAGUUAAUAGAUGAUCCAGAACCUGUCAAUGAUAAGCAAUUAGUUGAAAAUGAAAUUGAGUUAUCACAUUGUAUUGUUCAAACAGAAGAGGUAAUGCAAAUGUCUGUUAAAGAAGAUGACACAUUAGAAACCAACUCGAGUGAACAUCAAUGUGGAAUUUGUGGUAAAGAAUUGUUGUCUGCAUAUACACUUGCAAACCACAUGCGUUCUCACACAGGAGAGCGUCCUUAUGGGUGCAGUGUAUGUGAAAAAUUUUUCAAGACUAAAUCCAAUUUGAAUGAACACUACCGAGUCCACAAUCCAGAGCUGCGUUGGAUGAAGACGUCGAGCAGGGACAUCCCGUCUAUAACCAGAGUGACGGUCACUUCUGAAGACAUACUGACGUGUGGUCAGUGUUCCAAGGUGUUCGUGUCGCUGGACGAGUUGUCCGCACACGAACGCGCCCACGAUGAGCAACGGGAACAGCCGGAACAGCAACCACUGACGGUCGAGACGACUAUUGCAACGUCGGUGGCAUCGGCUUCGACGUUCACGUGUGAACAGUGCAACAAAAUGUUCACGUCGAAAUUGCAACUGUCCGCGCACAUAGGCAACAACUGUUCGGACGGCGGGGACCGGCAGUGCCCAUACUGCGGCAAGCAGUUCCGGUCGGUGGCCACGCUGGAGAACCAUAAGCGGGUUCACACCAGGGAAAAACCGUUCGCGUGCGAGCUGUGCGCCAAGGCGUUCCGGACCAAGGGCAAUCUGCUCGAGCACAAGCGCGUGCACAACAACAGUCUGUGGCUAAUGAAGAGCAACUCGAAGAUGAUGACCGACGCCGGCACGGGCGGCGGCGACCAGCGGUUCCAGUGCACGUACUGUUCGAAACCGUUCCGGACGUACACGGCACUGUUGAACCACGAGCGCGUGCACACCCGCGAAAAGCCGUUCGAGUGUUCCGUGUGCGGCAAAUGUUUCCGCACCAAGUCCAACCUGACGGAGCACAUGAAAGGCUGUCACGACAUUGACUCGUCCGCUUGUGGCUCGGACGAAGUGCAAGUGUUCACGUUCAAAACCCAUUCGAUGGUGACCGCCGGCUCCGAGCUGGGGCCUUCGUGACGACCGCCACUGGCUUGUCGCCGUUCCGCGUUCGCCAAGACGCAGCCAUUGUGACGAUGACUUUUGUCAUUCGUAUUAAUUAAGCAUUUAUUAUAUUACACAAUUAUUAUAGAAUCGGAACAUCAUUUUUACAAGGAUUUAUAUACGUAACUAUAGCCCAUAGUAAUGUUAUUUUGGUAUAUAUUUAAUAAUACAGUUACACGUAAAACAAUACAAUAUAAUUUACAUUUUAUUCUUUUGCAAAUACACAUUUACAUGAUAUAAUAAUAUAUUAUUUGUGUAUACAAUAAUAUAUAUAAUAUUAAUUCGACGUUUAUUGUUUAAUCAAAUUUGCGGCGAUUAUAAUAACUAUAUAAUAAUAUAAUAAUAUUCUGUACUUAAAUGUUCGUUUAGCUAUGAUAGUUAUAGUUAUAAUAAUAAUAAUAAUAAUAAUAAUAAUAAUAAUAAUAAUAAUUAAUAAUAAU